CUUACGUCCUGUGGGCUGCAGAGGAGAAAACCCGCCUACACGGCGAACCUGUCCCGGUGCCGGGUAGAGGAAGACUCGGUCGCAGUUUGGACACCGACCUUGGUUCACCGUAGCCCGGGCUACGGUUUCGCCGACAGCCCUGUAAAUAACUCGCGCCCCUCGUGUGUGGUCCUGCCGGCAGCGACCUGCGAAGAAACUUGAAACUAUGUCCGGUGUUGCCCGCGGCCGCUUCAUGUAUUUCGCUUUUGGGAGCAACUUGUUGAAGGAGAGGCUGCAGCUGGCGAACCCGUCUGCGAUAUUUUGCACUACCGGUCGACUGAGGGAUUAUGAGUUGAGCUUUGGCCUGUGGGAGAAACAUGUGGACAACGCUUGGCAUGGCGGAGUGGCCACCAUCGAGUUCUGUCCUGGCGCAGAAGUGUGGGGGGUCAUCUGGGCAUUGAGCAAUGAAAACCUCACAAGCCUCGACAACCAGGAAGGGGUGAGCCAGGGGAAGUACUCACCACUGGAGGUCUCGGUGGAGACCGACAAGGGGCCGAUGCUCUGCAGGACGUAUCAGAUGAACAAUUUCCACGCCUGUCCUCCAUCUCCUCAGUACAAACAGGUGGUGUGCCAGGGUGCGGAGCAGAACGGCCUCCCAGCGGAGUACAGGAAGAGGCUGGAGGUCGUUCAGACCAACAGCUACAGAGGCCCCUCAGUCCUUGACCAAAUCAGAACUGCUACGAAAUAGACUUGAAAAACAGUGAUUAUACUGCGGUCUGCAUGUUUAAAACAUGCUGCCUUGCUCCCAUAGAGCAGAGCGUUCUUCACCGGCCUAUUCAGUUAGUUAAUAUUGAUCAACAACAUAUAGACAUACAGAGAUCCAUUGCACCAUAAUGUGUUGACAGUACAUUGAUAGUAGAAUAAUUUCAUAUGUUAUAGUAAUGUAAGACUCGCAAUUGGGGAAAAUCUAGUAAGUGGACCUUGAGUUAAGUUUGAGUUUCUUUGUCAAACUAUUUCAGGUCAAGAUUCACAUGUUGAACUGGCUCACAUGUUGAACUAAUUCAUUCUGUGGCCAGAAUGAAUUAAUAAUGCAGGCUCUUAAUGAGACACUUGGCUGGACCCAACAAACACCCCAUGUUUUAUCUAUUUGAGAAGUAUCGUGACAGGAUGUAUUUAAUUUUUGAGCCAUCACAACGGAAAUGAAGGAAAAUGUAUGUGGGCAGAAAACUUUUAAUGGAAGUGUUUCUCAGGGUAGAAUUAAACAGAUGAAAAACACGUAA